AGUUCGCUCCUCGCCGGGGCUCAGACACACAGCCAGCCCAGAGCCGCCACGCCGGCCGGGCCGCCGCCGCCACCGCCUCAGCCUCCCCCAAAGCCGCUCUAGCCGCGGGAAGCGCCGCUGCCACCGCCGCGGGCCGCCCCCGCCGCGCCGGCCUGGGCUCGAGCUGCCAACGCCGCCGCAGCCGCCACCGAAGCCGGAGCGGGAGCCCGACCGCGCUGGGCUGGGCUGGGCUGGGCUGGGCUGGGGAGGGCGCCGGGCGCAGGGGCGGGCGCGCGGGGGAAGACGCACGGGCGGGCUCGGCUCUGCCGGGGAGCGGCCCGGGACUGCACCGGGACCAGCGCCUCCCCGCUCCGCGCUGCCCUCGGCCUCGCCCCGGGCCCGGGCGGAUGAGCCGCGCGCCCGGGGGACAUGGAAGCGCUGACGCUGUGGCUUCUCCCCUGGAUAUGCCAGUGCGUGUCGGUGCGGGCCGACUCCAUCAUCCACAUCGGUGCCAUCUUCGAGGAGAACGCAGCCAAGGACGACAGGGUGUUCCAGUUGGCGGUAUCCGACCUGAGCCUCAACGAUGACAUCCUGCAGAGCGAGAAGAUCACCUACUCCAUCAAGGUCAUCGAGGCCAACAACCCGUUCCAGGCUGUACAGGAAGCCUGUGACCUCAUGACCCAGGGAAUUUUGGCUUUGGUCACGUCCACUGGCUGUGCGUCUGCCAACGCCCUGCAGUCCCUCACAGACGCCAUGCACAUCCCACACCUCUUUGUCCAGCGCAACCCCGGGGGGUCGCCACGCACCGCCUGCCACCUGAACCCCAGCCCCGAUGGUGAGGCCUACACACUGGCUUCAAGACCACCUGUCCGCCUCAACGACGUCAUGCUCAGGCUGGUGACGGAGCUGCGCUGGCAGAAGUUUGUCAUGUUCUACGACAGCGAGUACGAUAUCCGUGGGCUUCAAAGCUUUCUGGACCAGGCCUCGCGGCUGGGCCUUGAUGUCUCAUUACAAAAGGUGGACAAGAACAUUAGCCAUGUAUUCACCAGCCUCUUCACCACAAUGAAGACGGAGGAGCUGAAUCGCUACCGAGACACGCUGCGCCGUGCCAUCCUGCUGCUCAGCCCGCAGGGAGCCCACUCCUUCAUCAAUGAGGCCGUGGAGACCAAUCUGGCUUCCAAGGACAGCCACUGGGUCUUUGUGAAUGAGGAAAUCAGUGACCCGGAGAUCCUGGAUCUGGUCCAUAGCGCCCUUGGAAGGAUGACCGUUGUCCGGCAAAUCUUCCCAUCUGCAAAGGACAAUCAGAAAUGCAUGAGGAACAACCACCGUAUCUCCUCCCUGCUCUGUGACCCCCAGGAAGGCUACCUCCAGAUGCUGCAGAUCUCCAACCUCUAUCUGUAUGACAGUGUUCUGAUGCUGGCCAACGCCUUUCACAGGAAACUGGAGGACCGGAAGUGGCAUAGCAUGGCGAGCCUCAACUGCAUACGGAAGUCCACUAAGCCAUGGAAUGGUGGGAGAUCUAUGCUGGACACCAUCAAAAAGGGCCACAUCACUGGCCUCACUGGGGUGAUGGAGUUUCGGGAGGACAGUUCGAAUCCUUAUGUCCAAUUUGAAAUCCUUGGCACUACCUAUAGUGAGACUUUUGGCAAAGACAUGCGCAAGCUGGCGACGUGGGACUCAGAGAAAGGCUUGAAUGGCAGCUUGCAAGAGAGGCCUAUGGGCAGCCGCCUCCAAGGAUUGACUCUCAAAGUGGUGACUGUCCUGGAAGAGCCUUUCGUGAUGGUGGCUGAGAACAUCUUAGGACAGCCCAAGCGCUACAAAGGGUUCUCCAUAGAUGUCCUGGAUGCACUGGCCAAGGCUCUGGGCUUCAAAUAUGAGAUUUACCAAGCCCCUGAUGGCAGGUACGGUCACCAGCUCCAUAACACCUCCUGGAACGGGAUGAUCGGGGAGCUCAUCAGCAAGAGAGCAGACUUGGCCAUCUCUGCCAUCACCAUCACCCCAGAGAGGGAGAACGUUGUGGACUUCAGCAAGCGGUAUAUGGACUAUUCAGUGGGGAUUCUAAUUAAGAAGCCCGAGGAGAAAAUCAGCAUCUUCUCCCUCUUUGCCCCAUUCGAUUUCGCUGUGUGGGCCUGCAUUGCAGCAGCCAUCCCUGUGGUUGGGGUGCUGAUAUUUGUGUUGAACAGGAUACAGGCUGUGAGGGCUCAGAGUGCUGCCCAGCCCAGGCCAUCAGCUUCUGCCACCCUGCACAGCGCCAUCUGGAUUGUCUAUGGAGCUUUCGUACAGCAAGGUGGCGAAUCUUCUGUGAACUCCGUGGCCAUGCGCAUUGUGAUGGGCAGCUGGUGGCUCUUCACGCUCAUCGUGUGCUCCUCCUACACGGCCAACCUUGCUGCCUUCCUCACAGUGUCCAGGAUGGACAACCCCAUAAGGACUUUCCAGGACCUGUCCAAACAAGUGGAGAUGUCAUAUGGCACCGUCCGGGAUUCUGCCGUAUAUGAGUACUUCCGAGCCAAGGGCACCAACCCCCUGGAGCAGGACAGCACGUUUGCUGAGCUCUGGCGGACCAUUAGCAAGAACGGAGGGGCUGACAACUGCGUGUCCAGUCCUUCAGAAGGCAUCAGGAAGGCAAAAAAGGGGAACUACGCUUUCCUGUGGGAUGUGGCCGUGGUGGAAUACGCAGCCCUGACGGAUGACGACUGCUCGGUGACUGUCAUUGGCAACAGCAUCAGCAGCAAGGGUUACGGGAUCGCCCUGCAGCACGGCAGCCCCUACAGGGACCUCUUCUCCCAGAGGAUCCUGGAGCUGCAGGACACAGGGGACCUGGAUGUGCUGAAGCAGAAGUGGUGGCCACACAUGGGCCGCUGUGACCUCACCAGCCAUGCCAGCGCCCAGGCUGACGGCAAAUCCCUCAAGCUGCACAGCUUCGCCGGGGUCUUCUGCAUCCUGGCCAUCGGCCUGCUCCUGGCCUGCCUGGUGGCUGCCCUGGAGUUGUGGUGGAACAGCAACCGGUGCCACCAGGAGACCCCCAAGGAGGACAAAGAAGUGAAUUUGGAGCAGGUACACCGGCGCAUGAACAGCCUCAUGGAUGAAGACAUUGCUCACAAGCAGAUUUCCCCAGCGUCGAUUGAGCUUUCAGCCUUGGAGAUGGGGGGCCUAGCUCCCACCCAGACCUUGGAGCCGACACGGGAGUACCAGAACACCCAGCUCUCGGUCAGCACCUUUCUGCCAGAGCAGAGCAGCCAUGGCACCAGCCGGACACUCUCGUCAGGGCCCAGCAGCAACCUGCCGCUGCCGCUGAGCAGCUCAGCCACCAUGCCCUCCAUGCAGUGCAAACACAGGUCGCCCAAUGGGGGGCUGUUCCGGCAGAGCCCAGUGAAGACCCCCAUCCCCAUGUCCUUCCAGCCUGUGCCUGGAGGCGUCCUUCCAGAGGCUCUGGACACCUCCCACGGGACCUCCAUCUGACCACGCCGCCUGCCCUCCUGCCCACCCUCCCACCCACCCGACCAGCAGAGCUUUUUAAUACAAGAAAACAACAACACAAACCACACACACUCACACACACACAUACACAGAGACUCUUUCAUUUUUCUUGUACAUAUGUGUAAAUAAUGACAGAAUGGAGUGGGGUAAAAGUGUAUUUUGAAUAUUCCCAAUUUUCGAAGUCAGUAAAAAAAAAAACACAAAAACUGUAUGAAUGACUUUGUAAAUUUUGUUCUAUAUGAAUAAAAAGGCAAAUUACUUGUGAUCAUUCUGAAGUGCCAAAGGAGCCCCCCCUGUUCCUGGGCCUUUCUGAGGGCAGGCGGGGUGACCAGAUAAGGACCCUCUCCCUGCUGGGGGAGAAGGGAAGACGAGGAGCCCCCCAUGCCGCUCGCUGCCUUGUCCCACAGCUUUGCUGCCCCGUUUCUUUGCUCCUGGCCCCUCCUUCCUUUUAGUUCCUCAGCUGGAUAGAGGGAGUCUGGAGCCCGUGUUGGGCUGGCCCACUGGGUUGCUGUGCUGCAGGGUGAUCAGCUGUUCUGGGUAGCCUGGGACCAAGGAGGUGCCCUGGACUCAGGACCAUCCUGUCCUGAACCAUGCAGGACAAGAUGGUCACCAGCUGUUUGUGCCGCAGUGUGCCUCUGUCCCAUGGGCCUGAGAGAAAUUGACAAUUACCUGUGGUGAAGUAAUUGAGAACUUUGAUGCUGAGCUGUUGUCAUAUCAUCCUGUUGGCCUUGCUUUUUAUUUUCUUUUCAAAAUUAGAAGACUCAACAAAUGAUAGCAUAUGAGGGAAGGAGGGAAGACUCCAUUGUUGCCACAGGGAGGCAGGGCAGAGGUGGGGUUGGUCUGGAAGAAGGUCCCUGGGGACAGGAAGUUGUGAGGUGCAGUUAGUUACAUGGACCAGGUGAAGUGAUGGAACAAGAGGCCAGGUAGGGGAAGAGUAUUCCCUUGAGUUUGGGCCCAUGGUCCCAGGUAAGAGAAGAAAGUGUGGCCAUAGAUGCAGGGUGUAGAAGCUUUGUAGUGUCAGGUAAACGGAUCCUGUUAGAAGGAGCUGGGGGAGGUGCCCAGGGGAGUGGACCAGCACUCCAGGUGAUGGAGCAUGCUGGGAAAUAGAGAAAAGAGACCAUGUUUGUUUAGGUAGGAGGAAGCUUUGCCCCUUAGGUGAGACGCUUAAGUGUAACUCCCAUCCACCAAAGAAGUUGUUUGUAGCCCCAAAAGUAAAGGCCUAUCUCUCUCUGGGUCAUAAAUCCUCCAGGCAGUCCAACAAAUAGGACUGGCUCCAGCACAAACCCUCCCUCCCAGCAUCACCAUCUUCUUCAGACCAGACCAGGAGUCUUCCCCAAGCAGCAAUCCAGCCCAGAGCAGGGGCCCUCCCCACUCAGGGCAUCUGAUAUGCUUUGAGAUUCCCAGGCCUAGCCUUGUGCACCUGCAGCUGUGGGGAAGCCCUCAGUUAUCUGGGAAGCCUGGUUUUAUACGCCUAGGACAACCUAACAGCCCCCCUCCUUCAGCUGCCCUUUCUGGGGCAACUAAGCUACAGAAUCAGGGAAAGA